AUGGAUAUUUUGAAGCAUCCAUCUGUCGGCGGUUUUGUGUCACACUGUGGCUGGAACUCCAUUAUGGAGAGUGUUUCAUGUGGGGUGCCAAUAAUUGGAUUGCCUCUUUUUGCAGACCAGAUGAUGAAUGCUAGAAUGCUUGUGGAGGACGUUGGCAAUGCAGUUCAAGUAGAGGUGUCACCCUCUGCCUACAUGGUUGGAAGCGAGGAUUUAGCAAAAGCAAUAAGGAAGAUAAUGGAUAAGGAUGACAGAGAUGGGUGUGUGAUUAGGGCAAGGGCUAAAGAGCUCAAACACAUAGCAGAAAGAGCUUGGUUUCCUGAUGGUUCCGCUUAUUUUGAACUUUCAAAGAUUGGUCACUAA